AUGUUGAGGCAGAGAGUGGAUGGGCAGCUUCAACCCGUCAUUAUAAUAUUUUACAGCGAGACAUGGACCGGGGGUAGUUUAAACCUACCAUGUCAAGAGUUAGCAUCUGAAGGCGUGGUAGUUGUUACAGUGGCUUAUCGACUUCAUCUUUUAUCAUUUUUUACUCUAAAAUCAGUGAUAGCUCGAGGAAAUCUUGCUUUACUUGAUCAAUACAUGGCGUUAUUGUGGGUCCGGGAGAAUAUUUCCGCCUUCGGUGGAGACCCAACGUCAGUAACGCUCUUGGGUCACUCGGCAGGCGCUGACAGCGUCUUGCACCAUCUGGUUUCACCGAGAACAACUGGGUUAUAUCAUCGAGUCAUAAUUAUGUCUCCGAGAAAUAUGUGGCAAGGAAUCUAUGAGAAUCGUAGUGUAACUGCAGGCGAACAAGCGAAGGUUUCAAAAGAAAUUGCACGCGCUAUGGGAUGUGUGAACUAUACUUCAAGAGAUGAAGAUAUAUUGCAAUGUAUGAAAGAUAAGCCUUUGGAAGAGAUGACAAAAUUAUUUUCAAAUACCACAUUGGAAAAAUAUAUGCAACCUACCUCCGACGACUUUUUACCAGAAUCAAUGCAGUAUUUACCUUUUACUUUGGACAAGGCGAUUAGACAUCCAAGUGGAUUGAAUAUACCAGUGGAUAUUAUGAUUGGCACUACAGAUCUAAACAGUUUAAGGCUUCGUGAUAGUCUAUUCAAGAGCUUUUUAAGGAAAACUUACAAGCAAAUAUAUGAUUUCUCUACGGAAAACGUUCUACCAAAUAUUCUGCAACAAUAG